AAAAUUCGUUGUACCAGCAGAUCUUCCUUUUCAUCCAGCAGGCAGAAUCAUCACCAUCAACAUGAGCAAACGAUCCAGAAAUGAUCGAAGCUCCGAAAUUGAUCAUCCAUGGCCAUCCAAAUCCCCAAUCAAAUCCGCAAUCAAAUCCCCAGCUGAACUAAACUUGCGGACAUUGAGCGAAUCGGAACCUUCGCUAGGAAAACCAAAGUCCGAUCGACUCCCAUUAAUAACGAUUGGCCAGGUUGCCCUCUUCCUGCACCCUGUUUUCCGUUUUCCGACGUUCACUUCUGCCAACAUAAAGACAUCAGACGACCCUCUACUCCUCGCCAACAUGAUCAUCCCAGACUCAAGAAGUUCAUAUAUGGAUAUGAAUGAAAAUGACAGCAUGUCAACCACUAUUCAAUUCCCCCCUGGCAUCCUGCCAGACAAAGUCCAUCAAAAUCCUAUCGAAGACGCUCUUUCUGGCCUUGAAACCACCCCACAACUUACGUCUAUUCUCACAUACUUACUAGAUCAGUCCAAGGAACAGGAAAGGAAGUUCGAGGAACAGGAAAGGAAGUUCGAGGAACAGGAAAGGAAGUUCAAGGAACAGGAAAGGAAAACGUGUCAAUUGGAAAGAGUGGUGGACAAUCUUCAAAUGGCAGCUCCACGCGAAGACGAAUCCCAUGCAAUUGCUGCAAGUCUCCGCGAGCUACUUCGCCAUUACAAUGCCCUCAAUCCAGAUAUGAGGUCCGAUCCGAGGUAUGAGCAGCUGGCUGAAUCGACCCGCAAACUUCAUGAGAAGGUCCAUCGUCCCAGCUUCCGUAUGCUGGUGUUUGCGCUACGUGUAUCGCCGAAUCUUCAACACCACCUUACUGAUGAUAACCUCAACUGGGAUCAAGUCAGUCAGAUAGAGUCUACUAAGGUCGAUAACCAUCUCACCCAGGCUUGGGAUACGGUGUUUCCUUUCAAAUUUCCGGACCACCACUACUUCCUCAAUCAUCCAGAGUUUCGUUCCGUCUUUGCAACUACGCUCAAUACCUACUUCAAUUUCAAGAUUGCAGCUACUCGCGACCUCAAAGACCUCCCAAUCAUGGACGAAGAGCUUACUCUCUUCUCAGAGACGUUCAUUAAGCCCCUGUCCCUGCGAGUCAGAGGUGUUGAUGCGAUCCUCAUCGACGUUGUGGCAAGAUCAAAGGACGACGGGUAUCGAUACGUCGAAUUGGCCAGAGUCGACAAGGACAUGCUGGCAUCGGCUAACUCCUGCUGGCAAGCUAUAAACCAGAUGGCUGCCGACCGGAGGCGACGCUUCGACCAGCGUGGCUUUAAAUGCGAUUGCCACGAGCCGACUUGCAUCCUGAUUCAUCCAAACUACCGGACAUUCCCCUCAGAGCAUAGCGCAUUAACGCAAUGGGCGAUACCUGAUUACCUUCAAUAUCUUUGGACAUACGACUAACCAUUAGAGCACCCUCUGUACUCGCAGUCGAAGAGGGAAUCUUCUGUUGAGGAGGAAGAGUUAGAUUCAUCAUUUUCCUCGUUGUAGAAAGCCCGUUCAGUUAGGUUUGUUGUGGGGUCUAAAGCUCCUCUCAGC